AUGGGCAGGGCAGUAUGCCAGAGGUGCGGGAGGCCGGAGACCGUUUGCGUAUGCAGCUCGCUUCCCGCAGAGAAGAUCAUGCUGAAGACGAAGAUUCUCGUUGUUCAACAUCCCUGCGAAUGUCACAAGAAGAUCAUCGGCACCGUCCCUCUCAUGGAGCUCGUGCUUGAUAACAUGCAGGUAGUUGUAGCGAGAGGGAAUGGUGCGAAAGAGGCCUCGACAACGAGAGGAAGGAGGGGGAGGAAAGUCGGCUCCGAUGAAGGAUCUCCACUCUCGUACGAUUCCUCUAGCUCCCAGGACGAUUCUUCGCUCUUGCAGAAGGUCAACGAUGCCAGUGAUACUGCAGCAUGUCCGAUCCAAAACAAGAAAGGCAUAAUCCAUGGCACCCUAGACGGGAAUCCCGCUCUUGAAGCUGCCCUGAGCGAUAAGAAAACUCUCCUGCUGUAUCCAGGGCCAGGGGCUGUGGACAUCGAGACUCUACAGCUGGAUGACUCAGACAGUGAGCGGACCCUUAUUGUAGUCGAUGGAACAUGGCGGCAGGCAGGGCGUGUGAUCCGCGAGGAAUGCAUCCGAAGGGCCGUGGAGAGGGGAGACGUCACCCGCGUGCAGUUUGCACGGGCAGGGAGGAGCGGAUACAAGUUUAGGAAGGAGCCUCACCAGUUCUGCUUAUCUACGUUGGAAUCUGUCGCGUACUCGCUGCAGUACCUGGAGAAGACGAGCGAGGGCGAGAGGGCGGUCUGCCACCUCAUGGACACUUUCAGUCAGAUGGUAUCGCUGCAGACUUCCUACAUCGCCAAGGGUGGGGAAGUCAAGGAUGUGAACGAGGAGGAGGAGGAGGAGGAGGACCUGGACAAGCGGCUGGUGGAGAUAGGAUCGUAUGUCGACUGCGAGAGCGCGCACAAGUGUCCUAAAGACGCUGUCCCUCGCCCGUACGCGCUGUUCCGUCAGAUCAAAGACUACAGGACGGGCAAGGACAUCUUCGUGCAGGACAGCGAGGAGAUGGUCUGCAGGAAGCUCAACUCUCAGAGGAAGCGAGGUAGCCGCCUGACCGUCCUUCCGAUCGAUGCGAAGGAAGGAGGAGGAGGAGGAGGAGCGAGCUGGAGACGAUCUCGGACAUCAGCGCGAUCCCCGAGGAGGUGA